AUGGCGUAUGCAAUCAAGUAUUUGAAUCGUUCAACAUUGAAUCCGGCGGCAAAAGUGUUUCAGCCGCGUUCGGUGGCAACAACUGGAGCAGAGGUUAUUUUUAAUGCUGCCAAUGAAGCUUACUUGUGGCAAGAUGAAGCUGAAAAUGUUCUGGAGAAUGUGGAGAAUGUGGAAAAUGUGGAGAAUGUGCCGCAAGUUGUCUGGAUACCAAUUUCUCAAGCUACAACUGCGCUGAAUGGUCAAGUGUUGCAAGUUUAUCCAAUGCCAACAGGCUUCUAUCAGCAGCAGCAGUUGCCACAGCAGCUGCCACAGCCACAACAACUGAAUUCACCGCUGACUGGCAGUAAUUCACCGGUGAACAAUGUGUAUCAGCUGUUGCCACAGCAGUUGCCACAGCAAUUGCCACAGCAAACAGGUCAAAUGCCUUUGGUCACCUUUCAGCAACUGUCUAAUGUGUAUCCGCAGCAACAAGUGAACUUGCCACAGCCACAACAGCUGAAUUCACCGAUGACUGGCAGUUAUUCACCGGUGAAUAAUGUGUAUCAGCAGCUGGCACAACAGUUGCCACAGCAGUUGCCACAGCAGUUGCCACAGCAGUGUUUUGUGCCAACUGCCAACUUGCCACAACCGUCAACGUACUUGCCACAACCGUCAACGUACUUGCCACAGCAACCGCUGCUGACCAAUUUGAAUCAGCCGCCAGCAAUGCCACAGUCGAUGCCACAAUCAAUGCCACAGUCGUUGCCACAGUCGAUGCCACAGUCGAUGCCACAACAAUUGACGCCACAAUUGCUCAGCUAUCAGCAGUUGCCACAGCAGUACACCGCUGCCAGUGGCAUGCCACACCAAGCAGCUGCAGUUGCCACCAACUACAAUCAACGGGGCAACAAUCCUGCCCCAUACGCACAGUGGCACCAGAUCAUCAUGUCCACCAUGCUCAACAUAAUGCGCGACGAGGGUCAACCCAUCAGUUUCGCCCUGAUCGUGUCGCAACUUUCGCUGCGCCUUCGCUGUCCCGAGGAUCUGAUGAAGCGACUCGUGCCGAAUGUCAUGUACGAUGCCUCGAAUAAGGGGUAUGUGCGUCGUGUCAAUGGACAGUUUGUGCUGGGUGUGACUGCCGCACAGAAGAUCGACUAG